AUGCCUCCGAAGAGGUCAAGACCGGCUCAGGGUGCGGGCAAACGAAAGCCCAUACAAGGUCACGCCUCCAAUGCUAAGCCGACAACUAGCGCUCCCGUACCCCUUGACCUCCAGCAGUUGUUGCUCAACAUUUUCAAGGACUCCUUCGCUGGGCGCCUUGAAUCGGACAUUCAUCCUUUGCUUCAGGAGGUAAAGGGCCAUUUGUACAACCGCGACUUUCGCACUGCCUUUGGGAGGGAGGAUUAUCUCGAGGCGUACGCCGCAAGGUGGAGUCCAUCCAGAGCACUGGGGUACCUACAGGUCCUGGUGGAACUGGAGGAAGUAAAGAAUAUCCUCGGAUCAUCCGGUGAACAUGUUCAAAAAGUGGUUUGUGUUGGAGGAGGCGCCGGGGCCGAGAUUGUCGCACUCGGCGGAUUUUUGAACUACCAACGGCUUGCCACAAAUGGAGAAAGCGAGAAGACAAGCGUCAAGUUGGACAUAGUGGCCAUUGACAUAGCGGACUGGUCUUCAAUUGAUGCCACUUUGUUGCAGAAGAUUAUUACUCCGCCUCCACUUUCAAAGUACGCCUCGGCCGCUGCACAGGCUGCCAACAUGCCACUGCUGGAACCUGAAGACUUCAAUGUCACGUUUCAUCAACUCGAUAUCUUAAACGCGGGUCUAUCGGUUCUGAAUCCACUUCUCCAGGGAGCUUCUCUCGUCACGAUUAUGUUUACUUUAAACGAGCUUUAUUCGACUUCCAUCUCAUUGACACAGAAGUUUCUGCUGAAUCUCACCUCUUGCCUACCCGAAGGCGCACUUCUGCUGGUUAUUGACAGCCCUGGGAGUUAUUCUACAGUAACUCUCAAUGGUGCCGAAAAGAAGUAUCCUAUGCAAUGGCUGCUGGACCAUACUCUUCUCCGACAAGAACCAAAAUCCGGAGCGGCACCUUGGACAAAGCUUACGGAAGACGAGUCGAAGUGGUUCCGAUUGGAUGAUGCAAUGAGCUAUCCAAUAGAGCUGGAGAACAUGCGAUUCCAGCUGCACCUCUACAAGAGAACGGUGUGA